UUUAAAUAGCCAGGCGUGUAAAUUUCCCUCUGUUGGACACAGUUUUGGAAGAUUUAAUCUGAAAUGUGACAGUUUCACGAAAAGACGAGUAGGGAAUAAAGUUAAAAGACAGGUGUUUUAGCUGCUGUGAGACAGUGAGGCACAAAUAUCAACAGCGUAUUUUCCCUGUCUGAAGAAAGUUGUUGGUCGCCCGCUGCCAUGUGAUCCUUCAGCCGAACCCCAGCCAGAAUGUCAACCGUCAUUUGUACCCUGCUUUUCGCCGGAGUUGUUUGCAAAGUUAUCCGGUGAACAGGGAGUUAUAGCGGGGAGCACCAUGCGCUCCUUAGCGGGACUAGUUGCCGUCGUGGCGACGGCAAGUGUCUACCUCUACCUGCUGUCGACUCAUCUUCCCCCGGGACCGAAGCAGCUCCAGGCGGGCUCCGAGGGGGAGGACGAGGGAGUCCAUGAGUUCAGCCUGAAGUUCCCGUCGGACCUGGAUGAGCUGCGGGAGCUCGCUGAGAUGCUCAAGUUCUAUAAAAGAGAAAAUCACGGCUACGUUCUGCUGCUGUUCUGCAGCGCCUACCUGUACAAACAGUCUUUCGCCAUACCUGGCUCCUCCUUCCUGAACAUGUUAGCCGGUGCGAUAUUCGGGCCCUGGGAGGGUCUGGUUCUGGCCUGCCUGCUCACCACUUCAGGCUCCACGUUCUGCUUCCUGCUCUCCUCUGUGUUUGGAAAGCAGCAUGUGGUUCAGCUCUUCCCUGAGAAGGUGGCCCUGCUGCAGAGGAAGGUGGAGGAAAAUCGUAGCAGUUUAUUCUUCUUCCUACUUUUCCUUCGUUUCUUCCCUAUGACUCCUAACUGGUUCCUUAACAUCACCUGUCCCGUCCUCAACAUCCCUUUACCUAUUUUCUUCUUCUCCGUGUUCAUAGGUUUGAUUCCCUACAACUUCAUCUGUGUCCGCACGGGCUCCAUACUCUCAGAGAUCUCCUCUCUGGACGACAUCUUCUCCUGGAGCACGCUGGCCCAGCUCCUGGCCAUCGCCCUGGCGGCUCUCGUCCCCGGAGCGCUGAUCAAACGCUACAGCAAAGGUCACCUCAAGGUGGACGGCAUGGACAGCAACGGCACCAGUCAGGCUGAAAUCAAGCGGGACCGGAAGAGACGGUGAUUCUGGGAUGACAUAAACACAACUUUGUGCCAGAAGAAGUAAGGUGGGAAAAAACUCUCCGCCGUGUGACCUUUUGUUCGCUCCAGCCUCGGGAUUUUUGUAAGGUCACACCAGAUGCUCAUCAUACGUAUAAUGGUAAUAGUAUGAUCUGUUCUGAAAGUGUAGAAGUGUCUUCAGGUCGUGUUACAUCAGACUUGAAGGUUACACUUUCCAAAAGAUCUCUCACUGCUGAUACACAGCAAACUUUUUUAGGGGAGAUCGGCCCUAAAUAUCCUUUUAUUUAUAAAAAGAAAAAAAGUCUUAAAAGCUUAAAAGCUCUUGAGAGAGCUCAAUGGUUCAUUUCAUGGGGAAAGAUUUGUGUUACAGUGAUAAAGAAGCAGCUUUAAAAUGAAUGAAAUCACCUUAAUUAUCUUGAUAUAAGAUCAUUAUUAUAUUGGAAUUUAUCCAGAUAUUGUAUAAAUGUAAUACUCUCUCACUGACACGAUCACUGUGAUCUCAGUGAAACUGUUGACUGCUGUCACACUGGAAGUCCAUGGCCGACCAAAGGUUUGCCUGUCACCAAUAACCCAGUGUCACAGUGACGCUUAAGAUUGUUGCCGUGCCUUAAAGCUCCGUGUGGUGGCGUUCAUUGUAAAACAUGUUUGCCAUUGCAGUUGUUGUUGUUGUUGUUGACUCCUACAGGAUACGUCAAACCAAAUAACACACAGCUGCCCCCAAAGUGUUUUUUGUUAUGCUCAUAAUGAUCAGUCUGGAUAUCCCCACAGACCUUUGUCACUUUAUGUCCCUUUUUUUUCUUCUUUGUUGAUUUUACACUCUGCUGUGGAUUAUGAGACCAGACAAUUAACCAGCUAGACAAUAAUAAUCUCCUGCCCUCCGCUGUCAUUUACAGUCACGUUUGUCCCCUCUCCUCUGUGUGUCUCAGCCCCUCCCCACACAGAGCGGAGGAGAGACAGCCUGUUACUUUAAGUGCAAUAAAAGCUUUCCAACAAGUGUCAUGAAUCCCCCUGAAACCAACGACGGACCCCAAACGUCUGGAAGUCAAAGCCAAAAUGUUUUUAAACGCACGCAAUGUGGCGAGAGUGACGAGGAGCUUGUGCCGGCCGGAGCAAAGAGAAGCCGACAGCAAGACACACACACACACACACACACACACACACACACACACACACACACACACACACACACACACACACACACACACACACAGUAACUCAGUUUGCAGCCAAACUUCAUUGGAAAAAUUUGUUCUUUGUUUUUGUUUUUUUUUAGGACACUUUGAAUUCAAGAUUGAGUCUGUCUUUUCCCAAAGCACUUACUUUGGUGUCUUACUGUAGCUGUGGCUGCAUUCACUGAUGUUUUACAGUUUUACAGCAGCUCUGUGCCGAUCGGCUGUGAUCACCUCAUGAUGUUUCUAUAACGCAGGGAAAAGUGACUAAAGUCAGACUCCUGGGAAAUCAAAGGAGCUAAUGCAACUGAUUCCACAGCCUCAGUCAGUCGCCUGUCUCGACAUAGACUCCUGUGAGUAGUCCAGUAGUCUGAAUUUUGGGACUUUCUGUGCAUCAAAGUUUCAACAAAGAAAAGACAUGAAUGACGUUGAAUGAUUGGUACUUUCUCUUGCAUAUUGAAGGUCACUGAACUGUGCUCAAAUGGAAACGAUCAGCAAAGCUUUUUGUAUCCUCUUAUAAUCAGAGUUUUGUACAUUAAACUUGUAUCUAACAUCA